UCGCAAAAAAAAAAAAAAAAAAAAGAAAAAGAAAAUGGGUACGAUCCUCAAUCUUCCGGAUUACGAAUUCCUGAAAUUGUUUCACCGGCUUUCGGCUGAAGCGCCGGAGAAGACGAAAAUGACCGCCGGAUUGCUAUUCUCAGCUGCUCCAAUACCGUUCUUUCAGCUUCAGUCCAUUGACUAUAACGAUAUCCGUUCAACCGUGACGCGCAUGCGAAUUCAAAGCAUUCAAUCCAAAUUAGCUUACAGUACUACGCCACCCCCUUUCUUCUCUGUGAAGAAGACUCGUUCAAUUUCAGACUCGCCGCUCUUUUCUGUGACCUGCGUCUCUUCUUCACCUUCGCCUUCUCCCAGAAGAUACUCGCCUUCAACCAGGCUCUACGUUAGUGGACUUUCGUUUCGGACCACUGAAGAGAGUCUGCGAAAUGCUUUCACAAGCUUUGGCCAACUUGUAGAAGUCAAUUUGGUGAUGGAUAAAGUAGCCAAUAGACCCAGAGGAUUUGCGUUCCUCCGUUAUGCUACUGAAGAGGAAUCUCAAAAAGCUAUCGAGGGAAUGCACGGCAAGUUUCUGGAUGGCAGGGUAAUAUUUGUGGAAGUUGCAAAGUCCAAAUGGGAGCUUCGCCAAGGUCUUAAAGAAAACUCUAGCCCAUAGAGAAAAUUGUUUCCCCGGUAUUCAUUUUCUGAAGUGCUGUACUUUCUCUUAGGAAAACAUAUAUAAUAUAUAUGGACAGGCUUUGCGUUAUUGUUGUUGAUGUGAGUAAGCUUUAUCUUGUCCGUAUGAUAUAUAGUCAGUGUGUUUCAGGAGUCAUAUUAUCUCUUGAAAUUAAUUGAUAUUAAUAUUGGAGAUUGGUCAA